AUGGGCAAAGGCAAGCCAGGCCGCCAGAGCUUGAAGGACCGGCUCGCCAAGGCGCCAGCUCAUCUUCGGGCUGAUGCUCCUGAGAUGGGCAAAUCCUACCGCGAGAAGCGGAAGAGGUGGAUUCUUGCAGGACUUAGAGUGAUGCGGGCCCCGGCAGUUGUUGCAUUGAUCGUUAGCAUGAUCUUCGCUGACAAGCAGUUCAAGUUCGACCCCAGCGACACUAUCCAACACUUUGAGAGCUUCGCUGGAGACAUGAGUGUCACCCUCGGCGAGAUUAAGGAGAGCAGGAAGGCCGUGGCCUACGACAUCCGCUAUGACGAUGUUGGAAUGAACCUGCUUACGAGCCAGGGAUUCCUGCACGCCUGUUAUCAGGCGGCGCGCUUGGAGAUUGGCUCCGGCAGCCUAGCUGCCCCUGUUUGCAGCAGCUUUGUAUACUUGAGUCGCGGAACAAGCAUGCGUUCGGCGCUGCGGCCGUGCGGUGAUGAAUCAGUUGGCUUUGUCAAAGACGGGAACCAGCUCCUUUGUCGGACCCUGAUCGUACUCAUGAUCGCAAUGUCUGUUUCUGCCUGGGUAGUCCUGGAACAGCCGAAGGGAUCAUUGAUGGAACGUCACCCCAAGUUUGAGGAGUGGGCCCGCAUGAGCAACAUCGUCCGCCAGCACGUCAGGAUGGGCAAUUAUGGUGCUCCGAGCCAAAAGCCCACGUGGCUGUACAGCAAUCGACCAGAGAUUGCCGACAUCCUUGACUUCGAGCAGCCCUCUUCUGCUGACCCAUCCACCCGCAUGGUGGAAAGAUACGUGGACGGGCGAGGUGUUUUGCGGAUCAAAGGGGGAGCACACCUCAAACAAAGCCAGUCGUACCCUCCAUGGUUUGGGGUGGCGCUCGCAAAAGUCCGAACCCGACAUGCCGAUCAAAUCCGGCGUGAGGCCAAGCGCACAAUUCGGCACAAUUUGAAAGCCGCGAAGAGCAUUCCAAGUAAUCACCGUGCAAGUGCGUCAUGGAUCAAGCAGGCUAAUUUGAGGCCGGUGCUUGACUUUUUGACUCAUGGGUGA